UGUGCCCGAUAAUCACGCUCCUGGUCCUGCCCCACAUCCCGUGGUGGGCUGUGCUGUGUCCCUGGAUUUCCUGGGACACUGGCUGGGGUCUGAGAACAGAACCCGUGGUGCCCACCUGUGUACAGGAUGAAGCUGGCAACCGGCCCGUGGCUUUUGUGGCUGAGCCUGGGGGGUGUCCUGGCUCUGGGCGACCCCAGCCCCAAGGCAGAGGAGUCCUACUCGGACUGGGGCCUGCGACACAUCCGGGGCAGCUUCGAGUCGGUCAAUAGCUACUUCGAUUCCUUCCUGGAGCUGCUGGGAGGGAAGAACGGAAUCUGCCAGUACCGGUGCCGGUUCGGAAAGGCACCGAUGCCCAGACCUGGCUACAAACCUCAGGAGCCCAAUGGCUGCAGCUCCUAUUUCCUGGGUCUCAAGAUACCAGGAAGUAUGGACCUGGGCAUUCCAGCAAUGACCAAGUGCUGCAACCAGCUGGAUGUCUGCUAUGACACUUGUGGUGCCAACAAAUAUCGCUGCGAUGCAAAAUUCCGAUGGUGUCUCCACUCCAUCUGCUCUGACCUUAAGCGGAGCCUGGGCUUUGUCUCCAAUGUGGAAGUAGCCUGCGAUUCCCUGGCUGAUACUGUGUUCAAUACUGUAUGGACCUUGGGCUGUCGACCUUUUAUGAAUAGUCAACGGGCAGCUUGCAUCUGUGCAGAAGAGGAGAAAGAAGAGUUAUGAGGAUGAAUCAUCCUCACAGUUUUGAGUGAUACCUUGGCUGUC